GAUAUGGAGUCUCUCCCUGAUGCCAUCCUUCAAUAUAUCUUUUCCAAUAUCAACAAUGCUCGGGAUGUGGCAGCUUGCAAUUGUGUUUCGAAGCGAUGGAAGGACUCCACGCCUUACAUCAGGAGCCUCUAUUUUCCUCGCAGCUCAUUUGAUAACCCUUCUUCAUGUGGUGAGAGUCCUGACAACAUUGUGAAAAGAAUGGUAUCAAGGGUCGCGCGGUUGGAAGAGCUAAUCGUGUAUUGCCCUUUCUCCCCUGCUGGCCUUGCAUCAUGGCUGUCACUUGUGGGUCUAUCUCUUCGUCAGCUUGAGCUCCGAAUGGACAACCUUGCUGAUAACCAGGGCUUCCUUGAAUCCCCAUCAAAGUUGAAUUGCGUUGGUGCAGCAAGGAAUUUGGAAUCACUGAAACUCUGGGGUGUCUUAAUGAUACAUAGCCCCAAAUGGGAUGUCUUCCAGAAUCUCAAGAACCUUGAAAUAAUUGGUACAAGAUUGGAGGACCAUGUGUUGAAUGUGGUGCUUCAGUCGUGUCCAUUUCUCACCAGGUUGUUACUGCUUGGAUGUGAAGGGGUUAGGUCAGUCUCAAUGGACUUGCCAUAUUUAGAGCAGUGUAAGCUAGAUUUUUAUGGCUCGGGGAACUGUUCACUUACUCUAACCUCCCCGAAAAUUGAAUCCCUUGAGGUACAAGGCUGUAGCUGGAUUAGGGUCCCUGAAACCAAGCAUUUGAGGAAUCUUUCGAUAUCUAAUACCGCAGGGAGAGUAUAUAUGGUUGAUUUUGGAAAUCUUACAGCUCUGGAGGUCCUGUCAAUGAGGGGGAUCCAGUGGUGCUGGGAUGCAAUAUGCAAAAUGCUGAAAUUGGCAAUUGAGGUGAAACAUCUCUACAUGAAGAUUGAAUUCACUGGGGACCAUGACACUCUUCAACCCUUUCCAGAGAUUGAUUUUGUUGAUUUUUUCAAUAGCCAUCAAAAACUGCGAAAGUUUGAUAUUCAUGGAGCCAUGUUUGCAGCACUAUGCCAGAAGAACAGCCUGAAACAAGUCGAUUUAGGAUUUGUGAUUCCGUGUUUGGAGGAGGUUGUGAUCACGGUGAGGUCACCACUAAAUGCUGAACAGAAAAUGAAUACUCUUGAAUCCUUGUUGAUGUACGGGAAAAGUCUUAGGACAAUGGUUAUAAGGAUUCUUGAGAUGAAGAGCUGCUAUAACAGUGAUGAUGAAUUUUUUGAUGAUAUUUGCCGGUUCAGAUACAUGAACCGCAACAUAGUUCGAUUAGUAUAA